AUGCCUGCGCGGAGCCCAUGGCUGACUGAGCCAGCAAGGGCGCCAGCUAAGCGAGCAGGCCACCAGGCGCUCACACUGGCGGCGCUCCGCGCGAGUUGCUUCGAGUUCACGGCGCCUAAGCUCGAAGAUGCACUAGGACAUCACAUGGCGACCACGUGGAUCAUCGGGAUCAGAGGUUGCCUCGUUGCUUCGGAGCAGCUGCUCGGGCAGUUCGAGGAGGCGGAGGCGGCGGGCCUUUCCCACCUUUGCCUGGAACAGGGGGAGGAGCUCCAUGCUGAAGCACGUUGCUGGGCUCCACGAACCAAGCCUCUGAAACUUGCAGCGGUCUCCCAACCAGCGGCGCCUCCACUGAAGUCGCUGUCGGACCCCGUACCUUUCAGGACGAAGAAGUUGGCCUUCUUCUUCGAUGGGUUGCCGCCAUCCAUGAGGCAUGGCAACUCUGCCAAGCUUUUCCUUAGAGGUUGGCCAACAAAAUCGUGCAGUUCGAGAUCAUCAAAAAGGAGGCAGAGAAAGUCUGAGUGCUGGCGAGAGGCUUCAAUCUGA